UUUAGUGCCACAUCUUAUUAGCUUCAGUCCGUUAAUGCAUCAGAAAGAUGUAGCAUAACCUGUCAUAAAUAAUCCAUAAUCAGGCUAUUCCCUUUGCAUUACUGAUGUAUUCCAGUUGACAGACUCGUGGUCACUUUCUACAAGCUAAUUUAAUCAUUAGAUCGUAUCGUUUUUUCCAUUUGAUAAGACCCAAAUGAGGUUUGAAUUUGUAAACAGGGUGGGUUUAGCAAACAGCUAGCAGAUUGGACAUUUUUAAAGUACAGUUGCUGGUGUUCCUCAAGUUCAUUAAGUCUCAGUGGAUACAGAGAAUAAACAGUAGUUUAUAAUUUUCUAGAAGGCUGGUAAUUUCCUCUGGUAAAACUUGCACUGGUAUGUUAGUCUGUUUGACAUGGCCACUGCGAUACCUUUCUGUUUACUGCUUUUUUUAUUCCUUUUCCUUUGCUACAGGUUGAAAAGAUGGGAAAUGCAGAAAGCAAUGUGUAUCAGAAUUACCUUUCCAGAUUCCUUCCUGAGGAGCAGUCUGAUAUUGAUGGAGUAUUUGACACCGUAUCAGGAUUGAGUGGUUCAGCUGCAGGAAAAAAUAGCAAAGCUCCAAAGAAGACUGUGACUCUGGCAGCACUACAGGCGUAUACACGGGAGCCAUUACCUGAGCGAAUGACUAUUCGGUUAUACAAUGGAAUGAAAAGUAUUGCCCUGACUGGGAAAUCAUCUGGGCUGAAUGAACAGAUUGCUAAGGAGCAGUUUGUAAUUUUUAUGUCAAACCUCUUAAAAGGGAAUGCAGAUGAGAAGAUUACCAUAAUAAUGAAAAUGAUCUCCAAUACAGAAGGGCCUGUGAAAGGCAAGCAAAUUCAAGAGUUCACAGAGGAUCUGGUCAUGUCUGUAGUCCAUGUACUGAGCUACAGGAAGGAACUGAAAGGUUGGAAUUCAGAGAAUACUAGGGAUUCUGCAAGUGGAGUAAAGGCUAUGGCCUCUCAGCUGCUGUCAGAAUUGAAGCUUGCAGAUGGGACAAAACCUGUGGGUCCUCAGCUGAUGGAGACAAAUUUUGAUCAAAGUGUCAUUGAGGAUUGGGUGUACCGAGUUCCCCAGAUCUCAGUUUUCCUCAGUGUUAUUACCAGGCAAGGCCUCCAUGUUCUGCAUUCUCUCACAGACCAAACCAAAGACACACUCAACCUGGUUCCAAGCUGCAAAGGCAUCAAGGGAAGAGGAUUUGUCAGUCUUUUUGACAUCCCAUCCAUCAUAUACAUCAACUCCCACUUGCCUGCAGAGCUACAGCACAAGUGGCAGCUUUUAUUUUCUUCUAGGCUUCAUGGGGAAAGCUUUUCACAGUUAUGUGCGCAUAUAGUGAACAAGGGUCCUUGCAUAAUGAUCUUAAAGGACUUAGAUGGUUAUAUCUUUGGUGGGUUUGCAUCUCACUCCUGGGAGGUGAAGCCACAGUUUCAAGGUGACGAUAGGUGCUUUCUGUUCUCUGUUUUGCCCUCUCUUGCUGUUUACACAUACACAACCUAUAAUGACCACUACAUGUAUUUGAACCAUGGCCAACAAACAAUGCCAAAUGGACUUGGUAUGGGUGGACAACACGGGUACUUUGGACUCUGGAUAGACAGUGACUAUGGGAAGGGACACAGUAAAGCAAAGCCUCGAUGUACCACCUACAACAGUCCCCAGCUGUCAGCAAAGGAGGAUUUUACACUGGAUGCCAUGGAAGUUUGGGCAGUGGGAGACUUCCGUGAAAGUGCAGGGAAAAAGGGUAAGAAGAGUAUCCUGGAUGUAGAUCCUGAGGCUCAGGCCCUAUUAGAAAUGGCUGGAAAAAGUCGUCUGAGUGAAGGUCUACGAGAAACCGUUGAAGAGGAUGAUGAGGAUGAUAACUGAAAGAAUCACAGUAACAUGAAAAUCCUUUAUUUUCCUCCUGACUGUUGAUGUUCCUUGAACAGAAUGUUUUUUCCUCUUUUUUUUCUUUUCCUUACAUUUACCUAAUUAUCUGGGACAAAGCUUAAGUCUCAUACAGUAUUUAGGUCCCAUACAAUAUCCUAUACAAUUACUAACUUCAAGAUUUAUGUGUAUAUGUAUAGAUAUAUAUAUAUAUAUAUAUAUAUAAAGACUGUUCAAGACGCUGAUUAGGUCUCAUACCUCAACUGCACUUAUUUAUUUGCAUGCAAACUAUAAUGAUGUCUUACUUUGGUAGACUCAGGUUAGGCCACAUGUUUCCAUAUGAAGAUUACUAUUAAUCCACAAUGCUUCAGUUAAAGCAUUAAAUUUCAUGUUUUCCAAGUCGGAUUUUCAACAGUGGGCUUCAAGAUGUCCAAAACUGUAUGUAUAUGGUCUUUAGUUUUGUAAUACUACAUUACACAGUAGAGCAGUUAAGAAAUUUUCCAUUGCUUUUUAAACUUAAUAGAACAGAACCAUUGAAGUAAUUCAUCCAUAUUCAUCCUAAGAAUGGGCCACACCUCCAUCUGAAAUUGUCUAGAGAAGGUACAGUCUUUAGUAGCCUCACUUGGGACUGGAGUGAAAGAUCAUGCUGUAAAAAGGAUUAACUAAGAAGCAUCCACAGGUAAUUGGGAAGAGUAGCUGCAGAUACCUUGUAAGAAUUUUUUUAAAUCACCAUUAUGUUUGUAACAUGUUUAAAGAAAACUUUAUUUCCACAUAAUUAAUCAUUACUUCAUUAUGGAAAAAAAAAUGCACAUAAUGUAAAAUGUACUUGGUUGGGUUUUUUGCUGUUUUGUUGACUGUUCACCAGUCAGCAAACAGUGUUGUCAUGUCUCUUGUACUCAGAGCUUUUUCUGCUUGAAUCUGUUCACAUCUACCAGUAAUUAUUAGUUUGAACUUGUUAAUUCUAUGUGUAAUUAACUUGUGAAAAAUAGCCCUAAUUUCUACCAGGGACUGUCAUUUCUAACCCAGCAGAUUGUGUUUGGUUAUUAGUUUGUACGUCUGUCAGUCUUUCUCCUAAGGAAAAGGACCUUACAGAAUCUCCUUUGUCUUGGCAUGAGUUUUCAGUGCAGCUUAGAGAAAAAAAUGUGUUUUAACUGUCUAUACAAUACUGCAAUCCCUUUUUUCCACCUGAUGUUUUUCAUAGGGAGCCAGAUUGUAAUGUUCUGAAUAAUCUGCAAUUGUGCCUUAAUAUAGAUCCUAUUUUUAAAACUUCUACUAAACAAUAUGAAUUUAACCUUGAAAGGAGAGCAUGAAGAAAUCAAUCUAGCCAGACAUCCUAGAACUCAACUGUACAUUUUGUAUGCUACCUGAACUAAUGAUUGGGGCAUAUAUGCUAUUUGUUCUAGUACAGAGUAUGCUGUGAAAGGCCUGAGUUAAUGUUCUUUAAUCUUGUAUUUGCUUAAAUAAACCAGAUGGUCUCCUAAGUUUGUAACAGAUAGAAAAAAUGUAAGUAUUAAAAUAAUUACAGAUACUUCUGUAUUUUUUUCUUGUCUGUAUAUUUUAAUUAGAAUUUCAAAUGGUACAAAGUAAGGAGUGCUGUAUAGACAGCAAGUAAAUACACAAUGAUCUCUUUAAGGGUGGUGAUGCUGGCUUCUGUUUUAACAUUUUCAAACUCUCACCAUAAGUCUCAGAGGUAUUCUUCACUCAAGCACUGACUAAACAUACUGAAUACUUGAAGUGAUGGCAUACAGGAAUGAGAUGUAAUUGAAUUUCUGCAGUAACACAGGAAAUAUAAACAACUGUACUUUCUUUUCCUUCCAUUGCAAGGCAGAAACUGAAACCAUUUGCAAGGAUUUAAAAGAAAUUAGUGAGCAGGCACCUUUGGAGACUGUAUCUGAGGAGUCUGAAUGCACAAAGCUCCUCUUCACCAAAAUAUUUUAGUGGCCAGGUUUCCUUGCAUUUCAAGUAUUAGUAUACUUAGUUCUUUCUAGGCUGUGAAUCCAAAAUCAUCAUGUUUAAACGUUUUGUGAGAAUCAGCAUAGCAUUUUGACCUCUGAAACUGUGCUUUUUAGACAAGUUUGUAUCUAAGUCUCUUCACUUUGAAUUGAAGGUGUUAACAUGCGGAAAGAAGAAAACUGACACUAAUGGCACUUUUAGCAAAUAUAUCUGUGAAGCAUUAUUUACUAGGACACUACUGAUCAAACUAGCAGUGGGAUUAUUCAAAAUUGUUCUUUAAAGAUAAAAAAAGUGGCUCAGAAGAGACCCAGUAUUUUUUUCUUUUCUUCCUCCUCUCCCUCCUGAAAGUUUAAUCAUUACAAUGUGUUUCAUGUUCAUGCAUCUAAAACCAUCCAGAAAGCAUUUGCGAGCAGUAAGCUUAGCUAUGCUAAACAUCUCUCAAUCACUUUUACACAGCUGCUGAUCCAGCUGCAAAGAUUAACGUCCCUGUUACAUGUAUGAGUCAUCUUUAUUCUAGUGUGCUUUUGAAGUGAGUCUCUUCCCCAUUAAAUCCAUCCACUACUGUGUGUCAGAUCAACCUUCCACUCCUCCUAUUAGUCACAUCACUGCAGUGCAUGGCAAAAGCUGUCAGCCCAGGGUUGGCACUGUAGCUGUCUACUUCAGCUCUCUACUGUCUCUCUCUAAUCUUUGUUUGACAUUUCCCCCCAGUUUCCAUGAGAAUCUUUCUCAAUCAAGGCCAGGCAUCUGGGAAUCUAGAAACACUGGCUAGAGGAAAGGAAAUGCUAGUGAAAGCAGGACUUUUCCAUUCUUCUAGUUUUACAUAAUGUAUCUAAAUCAAGAGUCUCAGAUACUUGUCAGGAACAUUUUAAAAUGUAGAUUUUAUUAACAAAAAUCAUUUUGAUUUACAUAAAUAAAAUGGCAGUUUAUGCACAAUG